UACAAGAACUGUGUUUUAAUUGAUUUAUUCAUGAAUUAGAUCCAUCUAAAAUACUUAAUUAUGGUGUUUUUCUGCUUUUUUUUUAAGAAACAUGUCUUUUUCUUCAAAUGUUCAGACAUAAAUGUUUUUAUUGUCAGUGAAAUGAAAGUAGAUGGAUUAGCCAGAAUGUACAAUUGUUUUUUUUUCCCUGGGAAGCAGAUAAUGCCGCUCCUUUUGUCAAAUCAGUGCUGAUGAAAUAGUACCUGUGUACUGCGGUUCCCAUGUAAUAAAUUCUGGAUGUUUUUUAUGACAUCCCAGCAGAGAGGUUUAAAUUGAGCUCAAGAGGAAGACUCGUUCUUCCAUGGGGAUCAGAUAAACCACCACUGUGUGUUUGAACAUCUUCACUAAAUCUUAACAUUUUAAAGAGUUUUUAAAAAUUAAAAAAAAAAUGACAGUUUCCUAUUCUCUGGAAGUGGCCAAUGUGAGGUUUUAUGGAUUCUCCAGGCUCCUCUUCAGGUGGAAAGGAAGCAUUUACCGGCUGCUAUAUAAGGAGUUCCUGGUGUUUUGUGGAGUUUAUGUCUUUUUCAGUAUCUUUUACAGGUUCCUCCUCACACCAAAGCAGCAGGAUCUGUUUGAGCGUGUCGCCCUUUACUGUGAUCAGUUCACAAACUCCAACUUCAUCCCUGUUCUGUUUGUUCUCGGUUUCUAUGUGACCCAAGCCUUCACCCGCUGGUGGGGUCAGUAUACAAGCUUCCCGCUGCCUGACAACCUGAUGAUGGUGGUGUCAGGGAACGUCCACGGUGCCGACGAGAAGGGUCGUCUCCUGCGACGAACCCUCAUGAGAUACGCCAACCUGUCAUCUGUGCUAAUCCUGCGCUCCAUCAGCACAAGAGUCUGCAAACGGUUCCCUACUCUGGAGCAUGUUGUUGAGGCGGGAUUCAUGACGACACACGAGCUGAAAAACUUUGAGUCGCUGCACUCCGAUUUCAACAAGUACUGGAUGCCUCUGACGUGGUUCUCCAACCUGGCGUCCAGAGCCAGAGAGGAAGGGCGAGUGCGGGAUGACAUAGCUCUGAGGCUGCUGAUGGAUGAGCUCAACAAAUACAGAACCAAGUGCAGCCUGUUGUUCCACUAUGACUGGAUAAGCAUCCCCCUGGUCUACACACAGGUGGUAACUAUUGCAGUUUACUCAUAUUUUGCUUUCUGCGUGAUUGGCCGACAAUUCCUCAACCCUGAGAAGGGUUACAGCGGUCACAAGCUGGACAUGUAUGUUCCUGUCUUCACCCUCCUGCAGUUCUUCUUUUACACUGGUUGGCUCAAGGUGGGUGAGCUGAUUAUCAACCCAUUCGGAGAAGAUGAUGAUGACUUUGAAACAAACCAGCUCAUUGACAGAAACAUCCAGGUUGUCCUCUCAAUAUCACUACCUCUGUUAGGAUUUGCACAAGUACCUAAAGUGAAGUUCUGCUGUUCUGGGCUCUCCCAGGUGUCCAUGUUAGCUGUGGAUGACAUGUACCAGAAUCUAGCCCCGAUUGUGAAGGAUAAACACUGGAACCAGAGACACUUCUCCAUCCCUUACACUCUCUCCACAGCAGCUGAGUCUCACAGACCAGCUUUCAAGGGCUCCACAUUUGACAUGAGAAUGAGUGUUGAAGAUCUUGAGAUCCACCAGCCAAAAGAAGCUCCAGCAAACGGACAGUUUCUGCAGCCUCGGACCUCUGUGGUUGAUGGAUUUGAUGACUUUCUGCAGAAGACUAACGGCAGUGUAAACAGCGAGACCCGUGUUUAUCUCACCGACGUCUUAUUUCACCCAAAUGAGAGAGACGAGACUGAUGAGCACGACACCGAUGCUGUCAGUGACCGAGAGCAGCAGAACGCUCUGCUUCCUCCUGAACAAAAGUACUGAGAAAUACGGAGUCUGGCCAGAAUGCUCUCAUGAUCAAAAACAGCACAUCAAUAAAUUCAGGGGGUUGAUAGAUUCUGCUUGAUGUUCAUGGUAUUAAAUAUGUUCUCAGUUUAAUAAUCGGCAGAAAAAAAUAAACAAAACUUUUAAACAAAAAGCCCAAAGUGUGGUUAUCAUCAUCAAAUGUGACAGGAUUGCAUUUCAAUGUCAGUAAAAUUCCAACUAAAAUUUGUAAGUUUUAGUUUUUCACUUUAGCCACUGCUAUUGUCAAAAACUAGUUAGAUCUGAACAAAAAUUGACUCUUAGAGAGCAUUACAUGGACUAGAGAGCUGGUAUUUUCAGAAAGGCAAACUAUGAAUCAUUAGGGACUUUUGUUUUAGUAAUUAUAAAAAUCAUGGAAACGAGGAAACAAGUCAAAACUUAUUAAAAUGACCUGUUUUGACACCUGCUUUAGACCCUUGAUUGACCAAACAGGGAAACUGCAAAAUCUGCAGUAUUUUUCUGAAAUUAGUUUCUACCAUUUCCAUUGGAAGAAAGAUUUUAAUUAAAAAGUGUAAUGCUUCUUUGGCUUCAUUUUCCAUGUGGGAUCAGUUAAAUCUAAUAGUUUGGCUCACAAUUAACAAUCUGUAAAGCUUUCUACUUUCUACUUUUUUCUGUUCUAUUAUUCUAGAGUGAUUUGAAUCAAUUUGCUCAAAAAACCUAGAAGCUGAAAAACUUGACAAUUUAAACUAAAAAAAAAAUACUAAAAUUAGAAAAAGCACCAAAAGCUAAUGUAAACUACCGUUAUAGAUAGUUCUUAAUCUGUUCUACUAUUCUAAAGUGAUUUGAACCAAUUUGGUCUAAAAAUCAAAAAGUUAUUGAAGAAAAACUAGUGGUCUACGUCGAUGUCGGCUACCCACCGAUCCGGUUAUAAAGACUGACCGCUGAGUUUAAUAGUUUGAGUAAAUGUUGGUCUGUGUGUAGAUUUGAUUAAAAUCACAACCAUGCAUCAGAUAUGCACUGUUUUUCCUUUAAGACCUAUUUAUUUAUUUUAAAAAAAUAAGUUUGAGUUGUCGUCCAUUUGUUGCACUUUGUACAAAAAUAUUUAUACCGUGACCUGGGAAUUAUUUUUCUGAUGAUCAGAGUUUUUCCUUUUAAAAAUCGGACCAAAAUUGAGAAUUUUAAAGUUAUUUUACUAUGUCUGCUAAUCCGUGUCUAAUUGAUUUUACACCGUUCCAAUAUGGCGUCGCUCUUUACGUAUCUUGGACAAAAGUAAAAAGCAAAAGCAAAAAAAAAAAGAAAGUAAAAA